GGAAGCUCGUAUUAAAGUCACGUGACCUGAAACCAUGGCUCCACCAAGAACGCGAUGUGCAGAAUGAACAACGAUGCUGUUCUUUUGUACUUUCCAAUAGCGAUACUGUGAGGACUACUGCUGCAUUCACGAUAAUGAAGCUUCGCGUCCAGUUGCAGUGUAAGAAUUUGCAUGAAUACCUGAGAGAGCUGAGUCCAGACAUUUUGGAUCGGCUGUACAACCAUCCGGCCACAUGUCUGGCUGUGUACAGGGAACUCCCCUCUCUGGCCAAGAAUUAUGUGAUGCGUAUGCUGUUCCUGGAUCAGCCUCUCCCCCAGGCAGCGCUGGCGUUGUGGGUGAAGGUAGACAGUCAGAAGGAUCAUGAUGAAUGUGUGUCGGUGUUGGCGGGACUCCGCCUCUGGCACAGUCAGCAGCUGCAGGGAGGUCUGCAGGGAUAUAUUUUAAAUCCAGUGUUCAAAGACAACCUGAGGAUUGCUCUGCUGGGCGGGGGCAAAGCCUGGGCAGACGAGGGCAGCACUCUGGGUCCUGACCGCCAUGCACGGGACAUUGAGAGCCUGGACCGCUACGCCAUGGAGCGCUGGGAGGUCAUCCUGCAUUUCAUGGUGGGCUCUCCCUGUGCUGCUGUCAGUCAGGACCUGGCUCAGCUGCUGGUCCAAGCAGGCCUCAUGAAAAGUGAGGCAGGAGAGGCGCCCUACAUCACAUCAGCUGGUUUCCAGUUCCUCCUACUGGACACGGCUUCUCAGCUGUGGUACUUCACCCUGCAGUACCUCAAAACCGCUCAGACCAGAGGGAUGGACCUGGUGGAGAUCUUGUCUUUCUUGUUCCAGCUCAGUUUCUCUACUCUCGGCAGAGAUUACUCCGUGGAGGGCAUGAGCGACUCAUUACUCACCUUCCUGCAGCACCUGCGAGAAUUUGGACUCGUCUUCCAGAGGAAGAGGAAGUCAAGGCGGUACUACCCCACUAGACUAGCCAUAACCCUGGCUGCAGGAGUUACUACCUCCUCCUCCCUCUCCUCCCUCUCCUCCUCCUCCUCCUCCAUCUCUGGAGCUGGAGAUGCAGGCUUCAUCGUGGUAGAAACAAAUUAUCGUAUCUACGCCUACACCGACUCAGAACUUCAGAUCGCUCUGGUGGCUCUCUUCAGUGAAAUGCUGUAUCGCUUCCCCAACGUAGUGGUGGCGCAUGUAACCAGGGAGUCGGUGCAACAGGCCAUUGCCAACGGCAUCACAGCACAACAGAUUAUCCACUUCCUAAGGACCAGAGCUCACCCUAUCAUGCUCAAACAGACUCCAGUGCUGCCUCCAACUAUAACAGAUCAGAUCCAACUGUGGGAGCUCGAGAGAGAUCGGCUGCAGUUCACAGAGGGAGUGCUCUAUAACCAGUUCCUCUCCCAGGCUGACUUCGAGGUACUCCGAGACAGAGCUCAGGGUCUGGGCUGCCUGGUGUGGCAGGACGUGGCUCACAGGGUGAUGGUGGUGUCACCACACGGACACAGUGAGGUCAAGAGGUUCUGGAAACGGCAGAAGACUCCACACACCUAACUACGCUUACUCCACUGAUGUCAGGAUUGUCUUGUAACAAUAGUUCCUUACUGUCAGUGCUGUAUGAACGUGGCAAUGGUAAUUAUUUUUUAUGUUUUAUAAAAUAAAU